GCCACUCUGCUCCACAACUCUCCAUGGUACUCUUUGGGCCUCAAGGCCAGGAGGGGGUGUGGGGGUGAGGAACGAUCGUCAGAACCAUAGAGUACUCCGCCAGCCUCACAGAGGAAGAGAGAGCGGCCUCCAAAUGCCCGGGUGCUAGAGGCGGCUGGGGCGGAGGCGGUCGCACAAAAGGAGUCACGGGAGGCGACUCCAGCCGCUGGUCGACCAUAGAGGUGAGGCUCCCGCCCGCGCAGGGCCGGGAGGACCAUAAGCAUGACGAUGCUCCAUCCUAAGCCUUGCAGGUUACAAAACGGCUUUCUCAUUUGCUGGCACUUGUGAUUCCCGCUCCCGCCCAACGAUGUGGACGCUGUCUGUCAUCGCCUCCACUUUACAGAUAGAAAAGCUGAGGCCCCGAGAAGCGAGGGGACUGUAUCUGUCCAAGGCCACGCGUACCCGUGCCCCGAGGAUAAGUUCAUUUCUUCUCUUGUGCCCACUUAUGUCCCACCUCACUCCGCCUUCCAGCGACUCAAUCUAGACGACACCGCGUCCUCCUUGGCUCCCCCCUAAGCACGUAAGAGGACAUAGCACACAAGUUGGUGGUGAUGACAGACCCUGUGUUGGACUCACAGCCAGCCAACAGCACUGGGGAGAUGGAUGGACUGUGCCCUGAGCUAUUGCUGAUCCCCCGACCUCUCUCUAACCGUGGACUCCUAGAGCCUGUCCAGAGCCCCUGUCCUUCUGGGAGCCCUCCACCUUUGCCUGCUGACCCAGGCUGCCUGCUGGUAGAAACCACAGCAACUGAAGAGGACACAGAGAACAUGGAGAUCAUUGUGGAAGCAGUAGCUGGAAACCUGUCCCCAGGUGCUCCUGGAGAGACCCCAGGUGUCCUGGUAAAGGUGGUGGAGGUGUACUUCUGUGAGCGCUGUGAGCAGAGCUUCGCAGAGCCCACUCUGCUGUCCCUGCACCAGUGCACUGAGACCGUUAUACAGCCUGUGCAGGGCCUUGCUAGCCCCCCCUGCUCUGUAGAGCUGCCCCCCAGCAACCUCACUCUCCCUGGCCCUCUGCAGGGCCAGAGCCCACCAGAUAGCCCCCUGCCAUGCCCUGUGUGUAGACAGGAGUUUGCCCAGCCCCAGGCCCUGAAGAGCCACUUCAAGAUUCACCGGGGCACUCCAGAUGCCUUCUCCUGCCCAGAGUCUGGCUGUGUGUUCUCUGCUCAAGAUCGCAAGGGUCUACAGCACCACCUGAGGCAGACCCACAGAGCGCUUCCCGUGCCCUGUUCUUUCCGGGGCUGCCCCCUGCUCUUCGGGAGCCAGCAGGGCAUGGAGCUGCACCGGCAGGGCCAUUACCCUUUCCACUGCAACCACUGCAGCUUCGUGGGCUCCAACAUCAAACUCUUCCGGCAGCAUCAGCGGAGUCACGGGGCCGGGACACAGGGAGAACUGUCUGCUGUUCAGGGUCUUCCAUCGCAGGAGCUGCUGCCAGCUCUCAGAGUGUCCCCAGGAGAGGGAGAGCCUUCAGAGGAAGUAGGAGCACCCUUGCCUGGGCAGGAGUCAGCUGAAGAGGAGGAAAUAGAGGAAGAAGAGGACAGUGGCAGCCAGAACUCCCAGAAAGCCCUGGAGAAAGGCCAGGGGGCUCAGCGGUUGGAGGGAGCUGUGGCUUCUGGCACCGAGUCCCUCUUCAAGACCCACAUGUGUCCAGAAUGCAAGCGCUGCUUCAAGAAGCGGACCCAUCUGGUGGAGCAUCUACACCUCCACUUCCCAGACCCCAGUCUCCAGUGCCCCAACUGCCAAAAGUUCUUCACCAGUAAGAGCAAGCUCAAGACCCACCUGCUGCGGGAGCUGGGCCAAAAGGCCCACCGCUGCCCACUGUGCCACUACAGUGCAGUGGAGAGGAAUGCCCUCAACCGCCACAUGGCCAGCAUGCAUGAGGAUAUUUCCAACUUCUACUCAGAUACCUAUGCCUGUCCUGUCUGCCGGGAGGAGUUCCGCCUCAGCCAGGCCCUUAAGGAGCACCUCAAGAGCCACACCGCAGCAGCUGCGGCCGAGCCGCUGCCCCUUCGCUGCUUUCAGGAGGGCUGUAGCUACACGGCACCCGACCGCAAGGCCUUCGUAAAGCAUCUGAAGGAGACCCACGGUGUGCGGGCCGUGGAGUGCCGCCAUCACUCGUGUCCCAUGCUCUUCGCCACAGCAGAAGCCAUGGAGGCCCACCACAAAAGCCACUAUGCCUUCCACUGCCCCCACUGUGACUUCGCCUGCUCCAACAAGCACCUGUUCCGUAAACAUAAGAAGCAGGGCCACCCUGGCAGUGAAGAGCUGCGCUGCACCUUCUGCCCCUUUGCCACCUUCAACCCGGUGGCCUACCAGGACCACGUGGGCAAGAUGCAUGCUCACGAGAAGAUCCAUCAGUGCCCUGAGUGCAGCUUUGCUACUGCCCACAAGAGGGUGCUUAUCCGCCACAUGCUGCUGCAUACCGGCGAGAAGCCGCACAAGUGUGAGCUGUGUGACUUCACGUGUCGAGACGUGAGCUACCUGUCCAAGCACAUGCUGACCCACUCUAACACCAAGGAUUACAUGUGCACCGAAUGCGGCUACGUCACCAAGUGGAAGCACUACCUCAGCGUGCACAUGCGGAAACACGCGGGCGACCUCAGAUACCAGUGCAACCAGUGCUCCUAUCGCUGCCACCGGGCUGAUCAGCUGAGCAGCCACAAGCUGCGGCACCAGGGCAAGUCCCUGAUGUGCGAGGUGUGCGCCUUCGCUUGCAAGCGGAAGUACGAGCUGCAGAAGCACAUGGCUGCCCAGCACCACCCCGGCACGGCCGCCCCACUCUACCCCUGCCGCUAUUGCAGCUACCAGAGCCGCCACAAGCAGGCCCUGCUGAGCCAUGAGAACUGCAAGCACACCCGCCUCCGAGAGUUCCACUGUGCCCUCUGCGACUAUCGCACCUUCAGCAACACCGCCCUCUUCUUCCACAAGCGCAAAGCCCACGGCUACGUGCCCGGGGACCAGGUCUGGCAGCUUCGCCAUGCCAGCCAGGAGCCAGAGGGAGCCGGGCAGUGCCCAACACCCCCACCAGACUCAGAGCCCUCAAGUCAGCUGUCUGCCCAGCCUGAGGGGCCGGACCAUGACCCAGGGACGGUGGUGGACCCCGGCUUGGAUCAGGCCCCGCCAGAGACCAGUGAGGAGGACAGUGCUGGGAAACAGGACGGCGGUGAGGUUCCCCAGGGGCAUGACCUAGUUGGCAGCCCCAGUCCGGCGGAGGUAGAUGAGGGAGGCUGCACGCUACACCUAGAGGCCCUGGGAGUGGAGCUGGAGCCUGUGGCCAACCCGCCCCUUGAGGAGAUCACCGAAACAGCUCCUGUGGAGUUCAGUGCCCUGGAUCCCUCAGGGCCUCUGAGACUGGAAGGGCCAGAUGGAACUUUGACAGAGCUGUCUACCUUUGAAGGUGCUGGAGCUUCCGGCUUGGGUGCUGAAGAGUCCAUUCUGGAAAAGCCGGUCUCUGAGCCCCCUAUAAAUCCCCCUUCCUCAGAGGAGCCCCCUAACAGCUGGGUGGGAACCUUCAAGGCAAAUCCACCCACUGAGACAGCACCCCUGCCCCAGUUCCCUGAAUCAGAGUCAUUACUCAAGGCCCUAAGGAGGCAGGACAAAGAACAGGCAGAGGCGCUGGUGCUGGAGGGGCGGGUUCAGAUGGUAGUGAUACAGGGAGAGGGGCGGGCUUUCCGCUGCCCACACUGCCCUUUCAUCACCCGCCGGGAGAAGGCCCUGAGUCUGCACUCCAGGACUGGGUGCCAGGGCCACCGAGAGCCCCUCCUCUGCCCUGAGUGUGGAACCAGCUUCAAGCAACAGCGUGGCCUCAGCACCCAUCUGCUGAAGAAGUGCCCUGUCCUCCUCAGAAAGAACAAGGGCUUGCCCAGACCAGAUCCACCCAUCCCUCUGCAUCCUCGGCCCCCGGGCACACUGGCCUCAGAGGAUGCAGCAGGUGGGAAGCCCCCACCUGCACCAUUAGAAGUAGAGAUCAUGCUCCCAAAAGAUGCUCCUUCCAAGCUUCCUGGGGAGCCAGAAAACAGAGAGGAGCCUGUUGCCACACUCUCCGGCUCCACAGUCCCUCCUGCAGAAGACUCCUCGCCCACAGAGGCCCCUGAGAAGUUCCACUUUGAGCAGGGCAAGUUUCACUGCAACUCAUGCAUGUUCCUUUGCUCUCGGCUUUCCUCCAUUACCUCUCACGUGGCUGAAGGCUGCCGGGGCGGACGUGGCGGGGGAGGAAAGCGAGGCGCCUCCCAGACCCAGCCUGUUGUGUCCCUGCUGAGCAGCAGGGACUCUGCUCCCCCGAGCAGUGGGAGUGCAGAGCGCAGCCCUGGUGAUGGGAAUGCAGCUCUGGUUCCAAAGCAGAAGGGGGCUCGCUUCUCCUGCCCCACGUGUCCCUUCAGCUGCCAGCAGGAGCGGGCCCUGAGGACUCACCAGGCCCGGGGCUGCCCCCUUGAGCAGUCUGGAGAGCUGCGCUGUGGCCUCUGCCCAUUCACCGCUCCUGCUGCUGCUGCCCUGAGGCUCCACCAGAAGCGGAGGCACCCUGCCGCAGCCCAUGGCCCCCGGCCCCCUCUUCAGUGUGGGGACUGCGGCUUCACCUGUAAACAGAGCCGGUGCCUACAGCAGCACCGGCGGCUGAAGCAUGAGGGGGUGAAGCCACAUCAGUGCCCUUUCUGUGACUUUUCCACCACCAGACGGUACCGGUUAGAGGCUCACCAGUCCCGACACACAGGUGUUGGCCGCAUCCCCUGCAGCUCCUGUCCCCAGACAUUUGGUACCAACUCAAAACUGCGCUUGCACCGGUUGAGGGUACACGACAAAACACCCACCCACUUCUGUCCACUUUGUGACUAUAGUGGCUACCUUCGCCAUGACAUCACUCGCCACGUUAACAGUUGCCACCAGGGCACCCCAGCCUUUGCCUGCCCCCAGUGUGAGGCCCAGUUCAGCUCCGAGACAGCACUCAAACAGCAUGCUCUGCGCCGGCAUCCCGAGCCUACGCCCCCUGUCCCUGGCUCUCCCACGGAGGCCACUGAGGGCCCCCUGCACUGCUCCCGCUGUGGGCUACUGUUCCCCAGCCCUGCCAGCCUGCGAGGGCACACCCGGAAACAGCACCCACGGCUCGAAUGUGGGGCCUGUCAGGAGGCCUUCCCCAGCCGGCCGGCAUUGGACGAGCACCGAAGGCAGCAGCAUUUCAGCCACCGCUGCCAGCUCUGUGACUUUGCUGCCCGGGAACGGGUGGGCCUGGUGAAGCACUACUUGGAACAGCACGAGGAGACUUCAGCAGCGGCAUCCUCAGCUGGGGAUGCUGGCCAGCCCCCUCUGCGCUGCCCUUUUUGUGACUUUGCGUGCCGCCAUCAGCUGGUGCUAGAUCACCACGUGAAAGGGCACGGGGGCACCCGGCUCUACAAGUGUACUGACUGUGCUUACAGCACCAAGAACCGGCAAAAGAUCACCUGGCACAGCCGCGUCCACACUGGGGAAAAGCCCUACCACUGUCACCUCUGUCCCUAUGCCUGUGCUGACCCCUCUCGCCUCAAGUACCAUAUGCGGAUUCACAAGGAGGAGCGGAAGUAUCUGUGCCCUGACUGUGGCUACAAGUGCAAGUGGGUCAACCAGCUCAAGUACCACAUGACCAAGCACACAGGACUGAAGCCAUACCAGUGUCCCGAGUGUGAGUACUGCACGAACAGGGCCGACGCACUGCGCGUGCACCAGGAGACGCGGCACCGGGAAGCACGGGCCUUCAUGUGUGAGCAGUGCGGCAAGGCCUUCAAGACACGCUUCCUGCUGCGCACCCACCUCCGCAAGCACAGCGAGGCCAAGCCCUACGUGUGCAACGUGUGCCACCGUGCUUUCCGCUGGGCCGCUGGCCUGCGCCAUCACGCCCUCACCCACACUGACCGCCACCCUUUCUUCUGCCGUCUCUGCAGCUACAAGGCCAAGCAGAAAUUUCAGGUGGUCAAGCAUGUGCGCAGGCACCACCCUGACCAGGCUGACCCAAACCAAGGCGUGGGCAAGGACCCCACCACGCCCACGGUGCACCUACAUGACGUGCAGUUGGAGGAUCCCGGCCCCCCUGCUCCUGCUGCUCCCCCCACUGGACCUGAGGGCUGAGGGCCUCCCCCACCGCCCGACAAGAAGAGGGUGUGGGCCCAGGUGUGCAGACUGGACCCAGAGCUAGCCUGAGGAGCUCAGGGCCAGAGGAAAGGCUUGGCUUCAGGGUGUCAGAGAGGCUGGAACCCUCCUGGGACUCUGGCUGUAGUACUUGGAAGUUGAUAUAAAAGAAAGACCUGGACCACAGAUUGACUUCUGUUGAGGCACAUUGUGUUUUUAACCCGUGAGUUCCUAAUCUCUUCACCAUCACUCCACCAGAGUCCCUGGCUAUAAGAUCGUGGUUUACCCAUUUCAUCUUCUCUUUCCUUCUUACUACGUCAAGUCCUAUUUUCUUUCAGUAUCCUCAGAACAGUUGUAUCUAACUGCAUGUGCUGUUGUGCCCACUGCUCUAUAAAGCAUGGUUAAAUGAUUAGUAGCUUAUAUAGACUCGUCCAAGUCCCUGACCUAACAAUGCCAGGCUGUCAUCUCAGUCUGCCCUGUCCCCUCUCAGGCCUCUGUCUCUCCUUUGUCUCCUUCCAUCUUCACUGAGUGAUUGAUUCUGAAACGCCCAGGCCUGCCUUCUCUCUGUUCUCAAGCCUGAAUCAGCCCUUGCCCUGCUCCCUAUUUCUGAGUCCCUUUGUCUACCUGUAGAGGGAGGAUUGCCACCCACUAAGCCUCCUCGUGGAAGCAGCUUUAAUUCGGCACCAUCCUGACUGGCUCAGCUGCUGCACUAGAGUUAAAGCACAAGGAUAGGGUGAAAGACAGACAACUGGGAAGGUAAAUCUCUAACCCAGGAUUCUGUCAGUGCCUCACAGUGACUGUAUAAUUAAUCAUCUAAACUGGGACACACUGGGAAAAUUGAAGAGGGUACUAUUAAUAAUUAUGCUGAGACACCAGACAUAAACCCGGACUAUUCCAGGCAUACUCUUUAGGAGGGCUGGGAUCACAUAACUCUUUGUCUCCUCGUUUUGCCCUGUCCCUUAGAAGCCAUACUUGCAGUAAGUGCAGGGGGGGCCCUGGAAACCCUAUUUUUCCACCUUUUCCCUAUCCCAAAUGUCCCCCAACCCUCAUAUCUCCCCUUCUUGCCCAACAAUGAGAGACUGUACUCAAGCCAAAUUGAGAGAGAAGCUCUAUUUAUACCAGAGGGGCUAGGGAGCAGCAGUCCAGUGGAGACUCUGAGGGCUGUGUAGUGUUCUCUUGACAGUCGUAAUACAGUCUUGGGGUCAGAUCUCCUUCCCCAGCCUUUGCCUGGGGAGCCUUGGGGCUUGAUUUGUCCUUCCCUUGGCUCUGGACUUUGAGGAAGUUAGAGGUGGAGGAGAUAGUGCCUCUGAGGGUUUGUCUGCCCCAAGCCCUUCUCUGGAUUUCUAGUUGCAGUCUGCCUUUGAGCCAGAGUUGGUGUGAAAGUGUAGUCCUAGAUCUGGGUAUGGUAUUGAACCUAUAGCAAGAGGAAGGAAGGAAGGAAUUCCAGUGUAGAGUGUGCAGAGGGUAAGGACAGGAACGAUACCAAAGGCUGGUGAAAACGAAGAAAGGGAAAAGAAAGAAAGUGAAAAAUCAGGUCCUAGAUUUGCUUGUCAGGAAGGAUGAAGUAAUUUUGUGCCUAGGAAUGCACAGUCCAAAGCUUGGUUUUCACCACCUCUGUUUGCUUUCUGGAGCAUCCUUCCAGGCUUUUCUUACCGUCUAAAGCCGAUGUACCCACUCUUCCCGUGAAGUACCCACCUUAAGAUUCAACCCCCUCUAGCCCUUCCCGGGUGCAGAUGUGCACGAAGAUGGAGGCUGGGUGGAGGCUGAUGCCAUCCUUGGAGAGCAAGUGUAUAUGGCGGUAACCUGGAAAGGGCGGCGGGGGACGGUAUUAGGAAGGCAGCCCAGAGCUGGGGUGCGGGCCAGGGGUGGGAGGACUGGCUCACCUUGUUGCAUGCAGUUCCAAGGCAGGGUGUACUGACCAAUGAAAUCGUUUCGGGAUUUCCAGUCAUAGUCUUUUACCACAAAACGCAGCAGGGCCAGUUCAGGUACCAGGACCCGGAAGCACAGUGUCUGCCCCCAGUAUGGAUUAAAACCUGAGUGGGGGAGGGUAAGUGAGGGAAGAAAUGAAGGAACAGACAUUGUUGACCAUGUUGGGUUGCUUUCCCCAUGUUCUCUCGCUUAAUUUUCAUAGCAUUUUACAAGUGAGGAGAUUGAGUGGGUAAGCAGUUUGCUUAGUCACUGGAGCUUGUAAGUGAGAGGCCUGGCUUCAGACCCAAGAUGUCCAAGUCCUUAUUCUUUGUCCGGUUCCACACUGCCUCCCAUGAAGGUGGCGGGAGGGGUGAUGGACUGUGCUUAAUGGAGGGCUGGAUGGUAGGAAAACAACAGCCAUGCUCCGCCCACUUUCCCCCAGCACUGCCCAGUCUCACCGUUGUUCUCCACGUAGCUGGUCUCUUGCCGGGUUGUGUCUUGGCGGACGCCAAAGAUCUCCACUCUUACCAGUGGAUCCACAAUGGACUCCUCUUUGGUCUUGUCCACUUUGGGGAGUUGCUGCCCACUGAUUACCUGCAACCAGAGCUCUGGAACCUCACUAGUUCCUGCUCAGCCCAGCCCCCGUCCAGCUCUCACACCCUUGCAGGGGAGACACAGGACCUUGCACUAUAGCUUUGGGGUUUGCAAAGCUAAUUCUCAUGGGUAAUACAUUCUAGUACCUCACCUGCUAUUUAAAAUGCAUCCAAGUAGAAAUUUAGCAAGGUUUGAAAGUAGGUAUUUUAUGACAGCAGCCCUUCUAUAGCGCUUACUAUGCCCUAGGCACUGUUGUAAGCACUUCAGGUUAACUAAUCACAACAGCCCUGAGAGGUAGGCAGUAUUGUUACCCCAAUUUUGCAGGUGAGUAGACUAAGGUUAAGGAGUUUGCCUAACGUUACACAACUAGUAAAUGGGUUUGAACCUAGGCAACUGGCUCCAAAGUCCAUGCUGCCUCAUGAGGAACUUUUCCCCCAUUACACUCCUGUCAGUCCUAGCCACCCACCCCUCACCCCUUCCACCCACCACCCUCCCUGGCUUCUAUCCCAGUGAUCCCAGUUUCUUCCCAAUGGUUUCUCUUUCCAUUAUACCUGGAUUAGGAGGGUCUGGGCUUUGAACGGACUGAUGGGCCUCUCAGGGUGGAAGGAACUCUGGGCGUCACGCAGGAAGUCUGGCUUCAGCACGUAGCCGGAGCCAGCAUUCUGACGGAAGAGCCCAUCACACAGGUCCAUCUCAAGCCCCGCAGUCUGCAUAUUCAGAGCCACUGAGGGCCCAGGGAGAAAAGGAAAGAUUCACCGUGGGGGCCAUCCAGCCCAUCUUUCAUGGAGCUAGACAGACAUAUUGGGUGUAAAAGGGCUGCAGGGAACACGAUGGAGAGCAUCUUUCUCAGCCUAGCCCUCCUCUCGGAGCACUCCCUGGCCCCGUUGCCACCCAGGGACUUACUUCCCACCCAUAGCUCUUCCACUCGCUCUUCCCUGUCCCUACUGCCCCCUCACCCAUCUGGCAGCCUGCAUUCCAGAACUCCUGGGGGUUGUAGUUGGAUGAAUCUGUCCUCAGGCCACUGGGAUAUACACGGCUUAACUGCCAGGUAUUGUGCAGCACAAACUCAUUGCCUGCAAAGAGGGUGUGGGUAGGGAGAUGGUAGUGGGUGGGGUGGAUCCUCCCACUUCCCUGGUCUCAAGGACCCUGCCCACCCAAUUCAUUCUUUGCAGCAUCUCCUAAGGCUAUGCCUAUCUCUCUUCCAUGCAGACCAUCUCCCACACCUGUCUUACUCCUAGAGCCUUGAGCCCACUGUUAAUACUCCGAUCCCCGUACCUGGUCUGAGGAGUUCCUUGGCUCCACCAUCCCUCCUUAGCUCCCUCAUCCUCUUGGGACUCAUCUGCCUGCCCAUCAGACCUGACUCUAACCCAUCCCAGUUCCUUCCGUGUCCCUCCCUUUUGGUCCUGACCAGCCUCCUUGAUGAGGCUCUUGGCCUUGGCUUCAGAGAAAGAUGAUGUUUCAUAGAAGCGGUAGUGCUCCCUCGAAUGAGUGAAGCUGUAGAAUGUGACAGCCUUCAAGUAGACGACCAGGGCAGAGAGGGAUGGACAUAAGAUGGGCUUGGAUUUCUGGAAAAGGAGAAAGUAGAGAGGAAGAUGGAAUUGAACCAUUAGCAAUCUGAGAGGGAAGAAGCCAAUGGCCAAGAUCUGAACUUCUCCACCCAACAUAAGGCUCUGCCCACUGCCUCCCCACUGUAUUCUCCCUCCUGCCUCACCUGCUUUGGAAAGAGAAGCAACCCAGGCUUGGAAAUAGGAGCCUGGGACAUAAUCUUACAACACAUAGGCGGACACAACAGUGCGCACAUCACAACCUGAGGAUGGGAAUGGCAAUAAAGGCAGUCUAUGUAUACUGAUGGGAUCAGUUUCAGCCUCUGGGCUUGAAGGAUUACUUUGUAAGUAACAGGUUUUUAAUUUAUUAUUAUUAUUAUUAAACAGAUGUCAUACUCCCUA